UUUGGAAUUUGACUUGGAAUCAAUCGAAGUUACUAACAGAAAUAGAGAGCAGGGUAUACUUGAUAAUACUGAAAAUGAAGCUAUUGAACUGGCCUGUAUGUAUCAAAAUGCAAGGAAGGCUAAAAAGAAUACUAUCUACGCUAAGCAAGAAGAAAUUUUAAGUUGGUAUCAUUAUGCAAAAAGCUUUGAAAAAAGAGUUUAUGAUGUCUUAACUAAUUGCAAAAAUACUAAAAGAGCGGAUGACUUAGCAAGAAUUCAGGACGCAUGGUCAUAUAACUGA